UAUAAAUUGAUGCAUGCAAGAUAUGAGGAAAUGCAAUACAAAGUUGAGCUCAUAAUUAACAAACAAUAGUAUAUUGUAACAAUGGCUUAUGUUAAGAUUGCUCCUUUUGCUGUCUUCUUGCUUGCUGCUUUCUUAAUGUUCUCGAUGAAGAAAAUAGAAGGGGCAAAGUGUGGGGAGGCUUGCGACACGCAAUUUAAUUUUUGUAACGCUGGUGAUGGUUGUCGUUGCUUUAUCACGGAUGCUUAUUUGACUCUUCCUGGCUUUUGCGCCCAACUUACUUCUAUUGAAAAGAAGGUUGAGGAACUACCUAACUUAUGUUGGUCUCAUGCUGAAUGCAUAAGAAAGGGUAGUGGAAAUUACUGUGCUCAUCUUCCUAAUUCUGAUAUCAAAUAUGGCUUCUGUUUUGCCUCUAUCUCUGAAGCAGAAGAUGUCUUAUUGAAAAGAGACUUCUUGAAGAUGUCUGUUUCGGCUUAAUAUCAAUAUGUCAAAAAAAAAGCCUGCCAUGCUAGAUAUUAUGCAUUUAUGUACGUACUACUUACUUUAAAUAAGUAGUCUUUGUUUCCAACUAAAUAAUUGGGUUUCUUAAUAUCCAUCCAAAUUUCAAUAAUGAUGCAUGUGCUUGGUUGUGGCUAUUUAAGAUAUGGUGUUGAUUUGCAAGUAAUGUAUGUCAUUAUUCGUUUUCUAAUUUUCAUAUAACAAUCAAAGGAGUAUUAUUGAUAAA